AUGUCGUGGGCCCGUGAACAAGAUUGGGCCAAGUCGUCCUGGGCUAGUUCGUCUUGGGAGAAGAAAGGAUCGUCGGGUUGGAACAACCGUGACUGGCAAAAAUCUCCUCAACAGUCUGUUCCCAGCACCAAUGUUGCCAUCCCAUCGUCUUUUACCAGUGACUGGGAGUGUUACGACAAGAAUGCUAUUUCUGGCAAGAAGUUCUUUCGUAACAUCCAAUCCACGCCCUGGUCUACGAAAGCUGGACUGGCUGGAAAAGAUGUCGCCGAUCUUCGUGUCUCAGACCUGACGAGAAAAGGUCUUGAUGACUUCAGUCUCCGCUGUUUGUCCAAUGGAGAAUUUCAGAGCCUAGUGUUCGUGAGGUCGAUUUCAGAAGCAGUGUUUGUGACUAACCUGCUUCGUCACAUUCGGCAAGACCGGAUUGAUCUUGAUGCCGUGGCGGCAAAUAUGCACGGCCCAGCUCCGCCUGACAAGCACAGGGAGUCUGCGAGAUUUAUGCAACCAUUGCUUGGCGAAAUUGUUUCAACAAUCAAAGCCAAUUCGCCCCCUCCGGCGGAUUCAAACCAGCAAUCGCCUGAGAGUGAACAGCUUGCUCGUGCGAAGCGAAAGUUGAAGGAAGCUGGGAUUGCUCUUACUCCAGAGAAGAAGCAGGCCAAAACUGGCCCAAAGCCCACCGCUUCACCAUCACCGUCAGCUGAGCAGAUUUUGAAUGCGGAACUCCAGAAUCCGCCGAACUCUGUUCCGAGUUCCAGCUCUCCUGAUGUUGUUGAGAACUGGCUCAAGAAGCAUCAGAGCCAGUUUCGUGGUCAAGCUGCAGCUUUCAAGAAACAUGUGGCUGAUGUUUGCUCUGUGCUGAAAGAUUCAGCCACUGAUCGGCAAAGCCUGGCAGAUCUUGCUAUCAAGUACGGCUUGAAGAAAAGCCAUGUCCGUAAGAGGCUUGCUUCAGCAGUGUGCACGCUUGGUACAGCAGCAGCCUUCAUGUUGGAGUUUGGCGAUGGAAUACCCAUGGCUCCGCUGAUUUGGGUGCAUACAUUGAUGUCGUUGGUGUUGUUGUUUUACCUCAAUGCACCCAGCCAAGAUGAUUCACACAGAUUCAAGAUUGUUCGGAGAUUGCAGCAGUUCGGAGUGGAUCCAGAUACUCUGCAUUAUUCUCUGUUUGAGAAGCCGAACACUGUAUAUUGCAUUUUUCAAGUUGAUUUCGACAUGGGUCGAUUUCGUUCGGGCUACCGUCAGCCCUCAUCACUUCUGUAUGUGGGAAGCACUGCUGUCGGUGCAGCCAAGCGGCAUUUGAACCGCAUGGCAGUUUACAGAAGACUUCAAAGAACCGAAUUUGUGGAUGCAGAAUUGUCCCUGAGAUAUUGGGCAUCCCAACACAACCUUUUCCAGUUUGUGCUUGUUCCGCUGGAAUUUUGUGACAGCUACCCGCGAGCUUGGACUGUUGAGCAUGAACUCAUUGCUCAAUGGCAGGCACCUUUGAAUUAUCCCAGAGCAAUGUCUUUCAUUAAGAAGACCGCUCUCGGUUUCCGGAUUUCGUCCAAACGCAGAGGGUCAUUGUAUUGCACCUUUGGCCUCCGACUUUGGCGCAAACUGCGAAAGCGCAUGUUUGGUCGCAGUUCGAAAUUCUUCAUUCAUGACUCUCGGGAGUUAGCCUGGGGACUUCUGUUUAAGAUGGCAUCGAGAACCCGAGCAUCCUUUGAAACAGCGAAGCUGCUCCGAUCCAACAAGACGGCUGACGAGGAAGUGUAUGCCCUCAUCAAGCUCAGUCGCAAUAUCGAAAACCCUCAUCGCAACAGGGUGCAAGGAAUACUCAAAGGUGUAGUCAAGUUUCGCAAGAAGAUGCACUGGCCACGGACCUCCCGACCUUUGGGAGUCCUGCCAACUGCGUCUCCUUCGUUUUCCAAGGAGUGCGAGAAGUGGUUACAAGACCUCAUCCUCCGGUACAAGUAUCUUUUUCCAUCUUUUCAUGUUCCAAAGAACAGCCUACGUGAAGUUCCGCACCAGAGUAUCAAGAAAUUUCUCCACAACUUCCGAUCUUGGGAAGAAACGAUGUGGGAGCACGACUUUGAUUUGGAGUCGGUGCACUGUCCGUGUGAGCAGUUUGCAGGAAAACUUCCUGUUCAUUGCUUCGUGUCUGGCCACGUAGCCACAGGUUUGGAGAACCUGACCAAGCUACUACCAGGCUGUUCGAGCAUCUUAUCGGCCAGUGCCGCGAGCACCUUUUUCCCAGGCCGCAAUCACUGGAUGGCCAAGUCCAGAGCUCUGUUUGAUCAGUGGCUCAAGAGACACAAGCUACCAGCGACGUUGCAUCCAAUUUUUCAAUCCUUUUGCGAUCACCAGUGGCAGCAACACGUUGCAGCCCUGGAACAAUCAGACAGACUACACUGGGCUUUGGUACAGAAGGUGAAGUCUGCCUUGCACUCGGAUUUUGUUCUGUACAACGAAGAUCAUCAUCCGAAUCAUGUCGAGUGCUAUUGUCCUCGCUUCUUCCUUCGAGGAGUCAGCACCACAUGGAACGAUCCUUCUGUGUUUCGUACUCUUGAUGGUACCCCUGAAGAAUGGAGACAGCGCAUUUUGAAGCGCGUUCCUCGAGAUCUGUCCAGAAGAUACGCCUGGGCCUUCAAAGAAGAAUAUUUCAAUCUCGAGCCAUGGCUCAGCAAUACCAUUUUCACUUCUACGGAGGACCCCCUGGAGUGCAGACUUCAAGCGGACCACAACCUCCGGUUACAAUUCUUUCGACUCCUCAGGAAGCUAGUAGAGCUCGGUCGGUUUCGGUACACCCACCACCUCGAGCUCCGCUUCCAAUUCAACUCGCACCGGGUGAGCCGGCCAUGUCUACUCACCCCAGCCGUGAGCGUCAUGAUCGCAGUCGCUCGAGACGACGACGGCGUCGACAUCAUCGGCAUGAACGUCACCCUGAGGGACCUCCCGCGGCCCCAGUUCGACCAGUCCUGCCUCCCCCUCAGCCUCCCACUCGACCACCAACAAGACCGAGAUCUAUUGAGCCGGCUUCUGUCCGUUCCCGGCCUCAUGAAAACAAAGGGCCCAGCAACAGUCCACAGCGACCGCCGGGGCAAUGGGAACAGCUAUUUCAUGCUGCUCAUCGCAGCAGCUAUGAACAACUGCGAGAGCAAAUCACAGCUCGAGCCAAAGGCAGACCGACCUUUUCUGCCUGUGAUUCCUAUUGGCCAACGGGAGAUUGUCACUCUUGCCCGGUCCAUUUUGGCCAGCAAGAUACCAUAUAAGGCAGUUUUUCAGCAUGAUGCCAAGGCGUAUGCCAUGCCCCAAGAAGCAUUGCAUGUUUGGGAGUUUCCAGUGGCAAAUAUGCCAGGCCCUGAAGAGCAGACCAAUUGCUAUUAUCUUUGGGGACACGGGACCACGGCCGAAGGCCUGGUCGGCAUCCUCACGUUGGGCAGGGUCAUUCGCUCUACCGCCGAAGCUGUACAUGUGGCGCCGCACGAUCAUGUGUGCUCCUUUUAUGGCAAAGCCACACAAAACGUGUACUACGAAGAGAGCAAGUUAGACUUCGUGUCAAAACUGCACCACUCCACGAAGAAUUCCGCAGGAGUGGUCGUGGGAGGAUAUCUUGGAUCUGCGCAUCACAAAUCCAAAUCCUCCAGUACUGUACAUGAAGGACACUUGUGCAAGUUCCACCCGCUUGUACACUCCCCUUCAGGAGAUAAGCGCUGGGCGGUACGUGAAGCCGCAGGACGCAUUGACAAAAUUUGGAUUUUGUCAAGCACCCAUUCCAUUACGUUGCCGAUGUCCACCCCCAACAAUCCCCGGCCGAUUACUUUUGAAACGGGGGAAGGACAGGAUUGGGGAGUCAGCUGGCCUGGCUUGGAGUACUCUGUACGAAGCACCGAAGCUUUACCGGUCUCCGAUGUACAGAGAGAGGCUUAA